AUGCCGCGCUGCCCUUCAACCGAAACUCUGACGCAGCAGUCGUCUCUGCCGUCAAGCAAUGUGCAACCGCGCAUUUUGAGCCACAAGCGGCGACGUACUGUAACGCCCACCCCUUGUUGUCAGUUGCCACAUGAGGACAGUGCACAGAGCGCUACCGAGAGCUGCAGCUGCACCACGUCGGGCGAGAGUUCGGGCGACGAGAGUGACGAGGGCAGUAGUAGCUUGGACGAAGAGGUAGAAGAAGAGGAGGACGCGGACCUCGUGGCCGCUAAGCGACGACGUCGCGCCGAUUUGGACGGACUGAAGAAGUCGGUGCGGCGCAUGGAGGCGCAAGUGGUGGGCGCGUCGGCACAGCUGAAAGAUCUGGCGGCGCUUGUGGCCCAGGUCGUGGCCCAGCGCCAGCUCCAAUGGGAGCGCUUAUAG